UAUUCGAUAACGAUAAGUUAUCGAUAUGAUUUUAAAACGUGUUUGCAAUAAGCAACAUUUCACUCUGUUUUGUUGUGUGAGUGUGUGUGUUAAAGAUACCUAACGUGAUAUGACGUUAUAGAUCACAAAAUAUUAUUAUUUUUUUACGAAAAAUGUAUGCUCGAAUAGAACAAUUAUCGAAUUCGAAUAAUUUUCCUGCGAAUAAUUUAUUGUCACGCGAACUAUUUUCGCCGAAAAAUUUACGUGAUACCGUUCGGAAAUAUAAUAUUAUAAAUAUUUGGUAAUAAAAUUUCAAUUGGAUUUUUGGGUAGGUAAAUGCUAUAAAAUGUACAUAUAAAAUGAAAGAAGCGGCCAAAAGAACUAAAACGAAUCCAGCGGAAAUAUAUGCCGAAAAUGUGAAGAAUUUAGACCCACAAUCACAAGCUAGAAUUCCACCUGAACCUAUAAUGAAAAGAACAAUACGUAAUCAGAGAAAAACGGAACAUCCAGCUAGUGGAACUAGUAUAGAGGGAGAGUGGUGUACAACUGGAAAUCCGGAUAAUAAAAGAUUACUUUUGGUUGACGAUGGUGACGAAAAUAGGUUAGUUAUUUUUGCAACCGACGAAGGACUUCAAAAUUUAUCCAAGUCUAAUGAAUGGUAUAUGGACGGUAAUUUUGCUUUGUCACCUAAAGGUUUUAUGCAGCUUUAUGUAAUAAGAGUACAAAUUAAUGGUAUUUUUGUUACUGCCGUUUAUUGCUUGCUCACUAAAAAAACACAGUCUACUUACGAGCGAAUGUUAAACUGUUUAAUGGAAAAAUGUGCAGAGAAUUAUAUUUUUCUUGACCCUAUGUACAUACAUGUUGAUUUUGAAAAAGCAGUCAUAAAUGCAAUAAAAAUGGUUAUAGGUGAACACGUAGAGGUGAAUGGUUGUUUUUAUCAUCUCACACAAGCAACACAUCGUCACAUUCAAAAAAUGGGAUUAACAAAUGAAUAUAAAUCGGAUGAAGAAUUUUCUGCAUUUUGCCGACAAUUGGACGCGUUAGCAUUUUUACCAUUAUGUGAUGUAGCUGAAGGAAUGGUAUACUUGAAAAGUAUAAUGCCAGAAAAAGGUUCAGCUAUAUUAGAAUAUUUUGACAACACUUAUGUGACCGGUACAUUUAGGAGAAUUAAUUCGACACAAGAUAAUUGCAUACGCUUGCGGAAUUGCCCACCCUUAUUUCCACCUCACGUAUGGAAUGUCCAUAAUAUCACAUUGAACGAUGGUGAUCGGACUAAUAAUGAAACUGAGGGAUGGAAUCAUAGAUUUUCAAAGAUAGUGGGACAUUGCCAUCCCUCUAUAUGGGUAUUGAUAACGAAAAUACGACUGGAGGUAGCGAAUGACGAAACAAAAUUAGCUCAAAAUGCAUUGGGAACAUUACCAAGAAAAAAAAAAUCAAAGAUUUAUGCAGAAUUACAAAACAAAUUAAAAAAUAUAUGCAAUGAAUAUUCAAGGGGGGAAAGAGAUAUUCCAAAUUUUUUAAAGGCAAUAGCAUAUACUAUACGAUAUUUGUGAUUUUUAAAAUUAUUGAUAAUUUUUUAUUUUUAUAUAAAAGC